UCAGCCUUACGACCCAAUAGUUGUUCGUCAAAAACGCCAUUCAAAGUAUAAUCAGUUCACUAGUCUGUCAGACAGCAAGCGACAUUAUACCAGUAGAAGGCUACACCAUAUUUCUGAUGACAACUCCAAAGAAAUGACAGUACUAAAGCACAAAGCAAUGAAUUCAUUAAAAAGCAGUAAUAAUAAUAAUAAUAAUGAAUGUUAUCCUGAACAGAUGGUCAGAACACCGCAUGACCACAAUCCAUUAAGUUGUUGUCCAAGCAACAGUAGUGUAACUGUUGCAUCGACUGAGAAUUCUAAACACCAAACAGAUUGUACGGAUAGUCAACCAGUAGUAGUUGUAGACAAUGAAGAUGACAAUGAUGAAGGUACAGCAAAGAGGAUGAAGAAUCAGCGGAAAUCACUGGAAACGUUUGAUUUUCUUAAAAUGCCUGAUAUCUAUGAACAGAAUGUAAAUGCUGCAAGAAGAUUGAAAAGUGAAGUAAGCUAUGCAAAGUACAAAAGAAAAUGCCAGUUGCGAUUACUUAUAUUAAUGAAUAGUUUAUUUAGUGGGGCAUAUGGUAAAGCAGAUUUUAUACAAAAUGCUACUGAAUCUUCAUCAGAUAAUCAAUUACACAAAUCAAGUGAAUACAUAUUUCAAAAAUUAUUCGGUCCACUGAGUAAAUAUCUACGUCUUACUAAACAGCAUACAUAUCAUAAUAGAAAUAUGAUAUUAAAUCGACUUAAAAUCUAUUUACAGUAUAAUAUGUCAGCUGAAGCAUUUCUUAGUAUCUACUUCAAUCCACCGAAUGAAUUCAUCUCACUACACUACUGUCAUCUCUCUUCGAGCAUUACUCAUAAAACUUGCAGUCAAACUGACAAGCAUAAAAUUGCUACAAAUAACAUACAUUCAUGGAAAUGCUGGAGAAGAGAAUCACAAGCUUCUGGUGAGAGUAAAUUGAACAAAGCCUCGCUUAACAAAUCUAAUAUUAAUUCAGAUUCAGAUAGACAAAUAUUUCAAACCUGGAAACUACGACUAUGUGAUCCAUUGAGAAAUGCUUCAGUAUAUGAUGGUUUCCGCUUUGAAUUAAUACGUUCAAAUGUUAAGUUAUUUUGUUGUGUUAAACAAUGCACUUUAUUUGAAUUGAUUCAAGCUAGUUUACCACCGGCAGCAUCAUGGUGGUCAUUUGGUUUCCAAUAUGAAUAUAAUCAUAAUAAUCAUAUCCUACUACCGUCGUCUACGGUUGAGACGUGUAUUGGUAGUUCAGAGAAUACUGCUGAAAUCAAACUAUAAGACGAAAACAGAGACAGAAAUG